UGAAAAGUGUUGGUUUAAUAGGAAACAGGCUGGAGGGGAGGGCUUGGUUAGCCACACCUCCCAUCCUUUUACUGUAUAUCUUGCCUGGCUGAGAGCAGCAUGCUUCCUAACCCCACAACUCCAGAGGACAGAUCAAUGUGAAUUCUCUCAUUCACCACUCACUGCAGCGCACUUCCCCAUAGCAACCUUUGAAUGGCUCGAGUAAUAGUCGGUGCUUGGCUUCUGCUGGUGCUCCUCUGCUGCUUAGCCAAUGCCCAGGGCUGGAGGAAUUGGUUUUGGAAAGGUUCAGAAGAAACCACACUGUCUCCCACAAAAGCUGCCAAGGCUGAAGAUGAGACGAGGCAGGACCUUUCCACACCUGCAGCUACCGCAAGCCCAAAUGCUUCCUUUGAAAAUACUACUGAUCCUGAGCCCAGGGGGAAAGCGGGGACCAUAUUUACCCUGAAGCAACCAGACUUUACUUCAACCGUGCCAGUCCCUGCAGCAGCAUCUGCCUCUCAGGAAAAAGGCAGAGAAAGAAAUAUUACAGGAGUGGGAGUGGAGAUCCUCAGCGUGGCUGAAGGCAUUCAGAAUUUGGUUCAGCUUUUGGAUGAAAGGACAACCAACAGGACGGAGAGGACCGAGGUACCUGCCACAACUGGGACCAGCGCAUCACCUGCCCCUGUUACAGAACCAGAGAGCAUCCAGAACGUUACGGCUAACUUAACGGGUGACAUACAGACAUCCCUGAAAACGAAGAAGCCAGAGGGGGCAACGAAGCUUGCUCGUCUGUGGAGCAAAGACUUGGCUCUUCUGUGGAACAAGACACACGCCUUCCCGAAGAAACCUGGGAAGCCACGGCAAGGUAGUGCCUCUUUCUCAUUUUCACCUGAUGGUCAUUUCAGGGGCACCCUGUUGGCUUUUCAAGAAUCUCCAGAAGCAGGGCAAGAAGUUGCUUUCACUCCCCCAGCAACAAGGGCAACCUGGGGCACUUUCUCAAAAAAACAAGGGAUUUUAGCCACUGCAAAAGCUUUGAAAUUGCAAGAGUCCCAGGCUAACAGCAGCACCAGCAGCAGCAGUGGCAGCAACAGCAGCUUGCAUGCAGGAAUGCCGUCCAAGGUGGUCAUAGUGAAGCCAGAUGACAUGGCCCCUUAA